CCCUCCGCCCAUCCACGCUUCGGCUCCUUCAGGGCGCGUCGAGCUGCUGAGGCGAUCUUGGUCCGGGGCAUCAUCUGGUGUCUAUCCCAGUAACACGGCCCGGUUUUCACUAGGGCUGUCGCCGGCAGUGGGUGACAGAAUGUAUAGGAGUUCUUCACAAAUUCCUUGCUCGGUUUGGCAUCCCUUCAGAAGAGAUUUGAAUGCAACUCAUUCAGCCUUGCUGUUGCACAACACUCAGUUAAGUGGAUUGUCAAGUUGCCUUGGAAAAACCCCCACAGUAACUCACCAGAAGAUGUUUCACAUUUUUCAGUAUCGACCUUUGAGACUAAUAACCCAAAACAGUCUUUCUAGCAUGUGUUUAAAACUGAUGCUUUCAAGACCUGUUGCAUUUGCACAGAUAUGGAAGUCAUGGUUCUCAAGCCAUUCUCUUCUUGGAAACAAAAAUAUUAUCUUGAUGGGACCUCCAGGUGCUGGGAAAACAACGAUUGGGAGAAUAGUAGGCCAGAAACUAGAUUGCCCUGUCAUAGACAUAGAUGACGAUGUCCUUGAAACAUCCUGGAAUAUGAGUGUGUCAGAAAAACUGCAGGACGUUGGUUAUGAGGAAUUUCUAGAGGAGGAAGGAAAAGCCCUGUUGAAUUUUUCAGCAUCUGGAAGUGUCAUUUCCCUUAGUGGGUCCAAUCCAAUGCAUGCUGCUGGCAUGCAGCACAUGAAGAAAAAUGGAAUAGUUGUGUAUCUGGAUGUGCCCACAACAGUCAUAAUGAGCAGGCUGAAAUCAAUGGCAGUGGAUCGCAUCGUGGGCCUGUCUGCUGGGAAUUCUCUCAAGGACAUACUUCAGUUUAGGAAGCCAUUUUACAAAAGGUGGUACGACAUCCGUGUUUUUUGUGGAGAGGAUGUUGCAGCAGAGGUUGUAGCAGAAAAGGUACUUGAUGCUGUGAAGAGGUACCAAGACUCAGAACUGGAAACUUUCAUUUCAACUCGGUCUGGAAGGAGUAUGGAAAAAGACUCUCAUAAGUAUUUCAGUGACAUUGUUAUUCAGGGCUUAGCCCCUGAUGGAGGACUCUUUGUUCCUGAGAGACGACUUCCAAAAUUCACUGCUGGAGAAUGGCAAGGUCUGAUAGAAGCAACUUACAUUGAAAGAGCUGAGGUCAUACUAGAAAGAUGCAUACAUCCUGCUGAUAUUCCUGCUUCUAAGCUGGCAGAAAUUAUUGGAACUGCUUAUGGAGAAAACUUUAGUUGUUCUAAAGUUGCCCCAGUAAGGCAUUUGGCAGGCAAUCAGUUCCUUCUGGAGUUAUUUCAUGGACCAACAGCAUCAUUUAAAGAUUUUGCAUUACAGUUGAUGCCACAUUUAUUUGCCUCCUGCAUUCCCAGAAGCUGCAAUUACUUGAUUCUGGUAGCUACUUCUGGGGACACAGGGAGUGCUGUCCUAGAUGGCUUUAGUCGUCUCCAUGACACUGACAAACAGAGAAUUGCUGUGAUGAAUUUUUUUCCUGAGGAUGGAGUAAGCCCAAUUCAAAAAUCCCAGAUGAUUGGCUGUCAGAAAGAAAAUGCAUGGUCAGUGGGUGUCAAAUCUGAUUUUGAUUUUUGCCAGACAGCUAUAAAGCAAAUCUUUACUAAUUCUGAUUUUACUGGCUUUCUUACAGUAGAAUAUGGAACUGCUUUAGCUGCAGCAAACUCCAUAAACUGGGCACGACUGCUUCCUCAGAUAGUUUAUCAUGCUUCUGCGUACCUUGAUCUUGUUCAUCAAGGUAUUAUUCCUUUUGGAAGCCCUGUGGAUAUUUGCAUUCCUACAGGAAACUUUGGCAACAUAUUAGCGGCUUUCUAUGCUAAAAUGAUGGGAAUUCCUAUCAGAAAAUGUAUUUGUGCUUCCAAUGAAAACAAUGUUUUGACUGACUUCAUAAGAACAGGUGUUUAUGAUUUGAGAGGAAGAAAAUUAAUUCCUACUUUUUCAUCAGCAGUAGAUAUUUUGAAGUCCUCCAAUCUUGAGCGAUACUUGCACCUGAUUGCUAAUGAAGAUGGACAACUGGUAACACAAUUAUUUAACCAGCUGGAAAAUCAGGGCCACUUCCAGCUACGGAAAGAUCUACUUGAAAAACUUCAGCAGGACUUAGUGGCCGGCUGGUGCUCUGAGGAGGACUGUCUAGCUGCCAUUCACUCUGUGUACAGUACUACAGGAUAUAUUUUGGAUACGCACACAGCUGUUGCUAAAGUAGUUGCAGAUCGAUUGCAGGAUAGAACUUGCCCGAUUAUUAUUUCAUCUACAGCUCAUUAUUCUAAGUUUGCACCUGCUAUCUUGAGGGCCUUGAGGAUUGCAGAAAUAAACCAGAAUCCAUUAAGUCAGCUUCACUUGCUGAGUUCUUACAGCGCUCUGCCUCCAAUCCACUGGGGCCUAUUAGAGACCCUGAAAAAGACAGGGAAUGGGGAUCACCAGGUCUGUGCUGCUGAUAUGAGCGUGCUGAUGCACCAGAUAGAAACCUUAAUUCAAAAUCAUUUCAUGAAAGUUUUUUGAGCAACUGAUCCAAUGUCCCCAGUGUCAAUUGCAAUACCUUCUUCACAAGCUGCAUGUUUUACUAAAGCCAUCAUUCACCUGGGCUGUGUCCAGUCCACAGCACAACAUCCACAGUUUUAUACUCAGUUGUCGAGCUUUCAACAGUAUUUGUAAGUAACAUGUGUGAGAUUUCUAGUGGUGGUGAAAGGCUGUGAAUUGAGAGUGUAAAAGACUGGAAUACCUUUUUGAAUGUCAGACACAGUAGAAAUGCCAGCACUACUGGCUUUCCUUGGCAGUGCUGUCUCCUUCAGAAGCCUAAAGUGUCCUCCAUGGAAGGAUGCAGAUAAUGAAGUCUGACCUUUCUGAAACUAAUAGCUCUGAUUUUGUUGCAACAAUGAUGUGAUCCUUUGGUCUCUGGGUGAUUAAUUAAACUUUAACUCAUUUCACUUAGGGCACUGAAACAUAAUAAGAUACUAUAAUAAUGUUCAUAUGUUACUAAUGAGAAUGGAUUUCACUACGAAGAUUGAAGUGUACUUGUAUUGUUAAUCCCUGAACCACUGAAGAACCAUUGAAUUUUGUGAUAUCUUUUUGUAUAAUGUUUUAUUAUGUAUCAUGAGGCCAGUGUUUAUGUAAAAAAAUCUGGUCUUUUUGUUUUUCACACUUUUUUCUCCCAGAUAUUUUCCUGUGUCAAAUAGAAUACUUGAUUCGAUAUUUUUAAUAUAUUUGAGAUGUGACUCUUCCUCCAGUGUGUUGUGGUCUCUCUCCUGUACGUUUUCUGUUUGAACUUUCAACUUUAGAAUUCUUUUUUAAUCCCAUAGAAGAAUCUGUUAGUAGUACCAGCAGUCUUCUUAAAUAACAACCAGACCUUGCCUUUUAUUUAUUCUUUUGCAUUAUAAGUUUUAUCUUUGACAUCAUAGAGCUUUCUUGUUCUAAUUACUUCUAUUUUCCUAUUUUCUUAAGUUAACGCCCUUGAUGUUCUAUUCGGUUCUUGCUUUGCAUGAAUUAGUGUAAGAACGAAGCUUCCCAAAUUGCUUGGCAUCUCAUCAAGGAAAGCGAAGGAUGAAUUCCAGUGUGAUAGCAUCAGAGGUAUUCAUUAUGUAACCUAAAAUAGAUCUGUGUGGUUUUGCUAAUGACAGGCUCUUUGUUGUUUUUUUCUGAAGAAAAAAGAUAGAGUAGGUUGUACUAGGAGAUCAUGUGGUUAUGGAGAAAUGUAUUCUGGUACCUGGGGAUAUAUUUGGCAAUGACAUAAAAUAAACUACAUUUCACAGUAAGAUAUAUGGCAAAAUGAUGUAUUGGCUAGUUUUGAGUGGCACCCAGUUACAGGUAAAGAGCUGCCCGUCAUCAGAUGGGAGGUUGACUUUCCCACCAAAAUUCAAAUAAUCUGGUAAUUGUUAACAUUUUUUGCCUCUUCGAUAGGCAACAUUUGCUAGAUGUCAAGAUUCACUUGGGACUUUGAACUGUUAUCAUAUCUGACAGCUUCCUCUGUGUUCCUUCUUCCCACAUUAGAGGCACCUUCUUGCCACAUUAGAGGUGAAGAAGACACCACCAGUAAACUAUUUUAAAGAAUUGUCGUUUAAAGAAUUUCUUCCAGCCUAAGGUAAAAGACCCAAGCACUUUGCCACAGUGGCUGCAUUAUACAGUAUAAUUAAAUGUAGCUGAUAACAUAGGUGUAACACAAUAGCUUUCUAAGUAAUGCCAUUCUUGGAUACCUUUUUAGAACUUUUGUAGUUCUUUUCUCUGCUCAAUCCUUGUUCACUAUUUCUACAGUAACUUUGAAAAAUAAGUUUUUGUUUUCACAGAAUCGUGAGCAUCCCAAGUUGGAAGGGACCUCAAAACAUCACCCAGUCCAACCUUUUGUGGGAAAGGGAGCCUAGAUGAGAUUAUCUAGCACCCUGCCCAGGCACAUCUUAAAACCUCCAGCAAUGGGGCUCUUCCACAUCCCUGUGGAGGUUGUUCCACUGAUUGAGUGUCCUCAUUGGGAAAAUUUUUUUUCUUAUAUCAAGAUGAACCUUCUCCUGGUGCAACUUCCCCUUUGUCUCCAUGUGUCUCCUUGUGAAGAGAGAACCUCUGUCCUCUUCCUAGCCACCACUGAAGUACUGGAAAGCCCCCUGAACCUCCUCCAGGUUGAAAAGACCUGACUCAUUCAGUUUCCUCAUGUGACAGGGGAAUUGUCAUUUUCCAGACACAACAUGGGAAAGACCAUAAAUAUGUAAUUUUUUUAAAAAAUCCAAGUUCUGUAAGAAAGAAUUGCAUAAACAUAUUGCCAAAAAAGAAGCAUUGCUUGUAUUAGUGGUAAGGCACGUCCACCUUGUAUUUCUGUAUGUUUCAGUCUGAUUCUUACAGUAGUUCCAAGUGGAAAAAAAAUUUAAUGCUUUCUCUGGAUGUGCUCAGUACAAGAUCAGAAUUCUGAAUCUUAAAAAACCCAAACAAAUCCAAACCCAAACAAAGCCAACUGCCUGGACUGAAUUACUGGAACAGGAAUUGGUUUCAGCUUCAGAACUCAGUGGAGAUCCUGCAGUAACUGGUUCCAUGGGGCUUAAUGCCAUUUGACAUCAUGGGUCAAUUUGUCAUACAGUUACAAUACUUUAAAAAAAUGUCUUCAAAGAAGAGCUUGUUUUCACAGAAAGUACCUGAAAGAGAAAGGUGAGGUUCUAAGAUUAGACUAGAAGCCAAUAUCCUACCCUGAGAUAACUCACUGUUAGAUAAACCAGUCAGAAUUAAACUAGCAGGGGAAUUAUUUUGGCAUGACUCAAUCAGUAUUUCGAAGUUUAUGGCAGUAACUCAAGCUUGAAGUAGAAAGUAUUAGUAAAACUUCCAGUUGCUGUUUUCCUAUUGCAUGAGCCAUUAUAGCAGUUGAUACAAAUUGAAUAAGUAAAAAAAUGAGCAGUUGUACCUAGUUAAGGGUUUUCACUGUGGGCUUAAGGUCUUUAAAGGCAGUGGUUAAAGAGCACAUAAGGUAUUAAUACAUUUCUCAGAAUGUCUAAACGCUUUUACAUUACAGUAUUUGCUCAUUUUCAAAAAAUAAUUAAUUUCAGUGAACUAUUUUUGUGUGCUACAUCUGCUUGUGGAUCCUUGUAGUGGGCACUAUAAAAUGCUGCAGUAGUGUUGUGAUCCUGGAUAUGCACAGUAUUUGUGACCUGGUGCUGAUGCUGAGUUGUGGCAGCUGUGAUGUACAAUCUCCUGGCUUGCCUUGUUCUGCUGGGCCUGGGGAAAUAGAAGAGAAAAAAUUUCCAGCGUACUCAGUAUAGCUGGCUGUGGGGACAUAGGAUAGAGAGGGAAGCAACCCUCCUGUCUUAUUAGCCUGGAUUUUCUUAGUGUUAACAAUAUACUGUGAUUUGACAAACAUUGUGCUGCUGUUACUGUCUUUUUUUCUCCCCCACUAUCAGUAUUAUGAAAUAUUCAAAAGGCAUUAAAGAGUGGACACAAGUGACCUCUUUUUGCCUUGUCUGUUCAGUGUGCAGACAUUGUGCUCACUGGAUGCUGUCAUACAGUAUUUUCUGUUAACUUCUUAAGGCAAAAAUGGUGUGCCAGUGAUACACAAGGGCAAAUCUAUAUGGUGCUGAUUAGGAGGAUUCCUUAAGCCAUUUAGGCUUGCUGAAUACACAGUUUGCUCCUGUUUGUCUAGCAAUAGGAUGUUUCAGUCUCAAUCAAUAAAAGCCGGGUUGACAGAGUGUGAGUGUGCAUAGAUACACAUUGCCACUAGAUACACGUUUGCAUUAGCUUUGUUGACCUGGAGUAAAAGCAUAGCUUUAGUUAAGCUGUUAUUCGUCUGUAUAGAUAAAUGUUUGCUGAACACUUGCUACUACAUGAAAAACCUUAAGGAUGAAUGUAACAAAUGUAAGGACAAACGUAAUGUCUAUACUUACACUUUUUAUUACAGGAAUGUUUAUGUGUAAAAUACUGCUUUGCUUAUACAUGUACCAGCUGCUCAUUACUUGCCUUUAGUUACAGCCCUUCUCAGGGUGACAAAGAGUGAUGUGAGGUAAAGGGUGAAUAGAGCACAUAGAGACAACUUGAGAAGAUAAUUCUGUUUUCUUAGUAUCUUACAAUUCAAAAAUAAUUGCUAUUUAUGUUUUUGAGGCAAUGGAAUAUUUUAGCUGGUGGAACUCUACAGGGAAGAUUCUUGUUUUUCGUGCUGUCAACUUUGCUCUUCAAGGACAUCAAGAACACACAAUGCUAUUAAGUAUAUCAUGUUUGGCAUUCCUGAAAUACGCAUUACUCAUUUGUAUCCACCAUAUUUUUUUCCAAAUAAAACUGGAGGAUCCAUGCUGUAGCACUUUCUUUGUAAAUAUGUUUGUAAAUCCUUAUCAAUCUGAUAUAAAGAAAAUCCACUAAAAGAAGUGGGUUUUAGAGUUUGAUAUUCGUAACUCUUGAAAGAUGUGUUCCGUCCCGUGUUUCCUUGAAAGCUAGAUGUAUAGUAACCAAUAAUCUUGUAAUUGACUUUGCUGAGACUGAGAUGGUUAGUGAGAUAAUUUGCAUCGUUCUGGAAGGAAAGUAUGUAUAGAAAAGAAUCCCACAUCCGAAAUAGCAAAUGUCUGAGCACUCUGUUUAUAUUGCACACAGACUUGCCUGGUGCUGCGUGGAAAGCUUACUGUAUUUUGAGGAAUUAGUAUGGAAAAGGAAAUCUCUGACUGUUUAAUGUUUCUUAUUCACACUUAGUUCAGUAGAGACAUGAGCUGGUUGUCUUAACAAUUGUGGACCAAGCUUCAUUCACUUGGAAUAUUAUUUCAGGAUCAUGGGCUUAAAAAUCACUUGAAUAGUUGAAACAGCGAUGAGUAGUUAAUGUCAGUGAAUUAAAGUGAAUGGCCAGUUGAUUCUGAACAUAUAUUAGCAGCUUAAGGAGGAUUUAAAUGUUACUGUGUUUUUCUACAGGAGUAAAGGCACUCAGCAUGCUUAUCAGAACUGGGAAACAUGCAGGGUGUCACCCAAAAAUGUAAAAUUCAUCAUGACAAUAAUUGAGUCAAACUGGAAAGGAAAGAUUGAACAGAUUCGUUAUGUGAGUUCACACAGGAUUUGGCUCUUGACCAUGAGUUUGUUAAGAACAUAGGA